CCCUGUAAAUGUUUUCAUGAACUCUGAUGUAUGUAACUUCUAAGGAGGAAUGAUUGUCAUGCUCUCCCCCACUGCAGUCAACCUCUGGUACAAGAGGCCGAGGUGAGACUCAUUGAAAUGGUCCACCAGAUGCUGUCUGACGGAAACCUCAAGUUUGCGCAGCUACUCCGUAAUGCCCUAGUCACCAAGGGCCCACCAGGAGCAGACGGAGCCCCUGGCUUUACUGGUGCACCUGGAGAUGCU